GCAGCGGCCGGGGCAUGGGGGAGCUGCUGCUGCUGCCGCCGCUCUGCCCGCGUCCUGCGGCUCCGGCGCCGCCUCCUUUCUCGGCCUGAAACGCGCCUCACUCGUGGAUCCCGGCGGGGAAGGGGCCAUGGGCCGCGUCCCCGGGGCGCGGUGGCUGUGAGCGCUAUCUCGGGGAGGCGGGAGGCUGCCGGCCGGCCAGCCAGCCUGCGCCGGGGGGACUGCGGCCGUGAGGGGAGUGUCGCUCGCAGCCGGCGACGGGCACCCACGCAGCGUCUCGGUGUCGGUGACUUGGGGGUGCCCGCUCCUCCACCGCCCGCUCCCCCGCCGCUCCCGGCCGCGGCGGUGGAUGGAUGCGCCAUGGCCACGCUGGUGUGCCGGGUGCAGCUGCUGGAUGACACCGACCCCUUCAACAGCACCAACUUCCCCGAGCCCACCCGGCCGCCGCUGUACACCUUCCGGGAGGACAUCCCGCUCGCCACCCAGCUGGCCGGGGUGCACCGCCUCCUCCGCGCCCCGCAGAAGCUUGAUGACUGCACCCUGCAAUUGUCCCACAAUGGUACCUAUCUGGAUCUAGAAUCCACCCUAGCAGAACAAAGAGAUGAAUUGGAAGGCUUCCAGGAGGAUGCUGGGAGGGGCAAGAAGCACAGUAUAAUUCUAAGGACCCAGCUGUCAGUGAGAGUCCAUGCCUGCAUUGAAAAACUUUACAAUUCCAAUGGACGGGAGCUGAGACGGGCACUUUUCUCUUUGAAACAAAUAUUUCAGGAUGACAAGGAUUUGGUUCAUGAGUUUGUCAUCGCUGAAGGUCUGACUUGCUUAAUCAAAGUGGGAGCAGAGGCUGACCAGAAUUACCAGAACUACAUCCUGAGAGCUUUGGGCCAGAUUAUGCUCUAUGUCGAUGGCAUGAAUGGAGUAAUAAAUCAUAAUGAAACCAUCCAGUGGCUGUACACGCUUAUUGGGUCAAAGUUCCGCCUGGUGGUAAAGACAGCACUGAAGCUGCUGCUGGUGUUCGUGGAGUACACUGAAUCCAACGCACCCCUUUUAAUCCAGGCCGUAUCUACUGUUGAUGAAAAGAGAGGAGCCAAGCCGUGGUCCAACAUCAUGGAAAUUCUGGAGGAGAAGGAUGGGGUUGAUACUGAACUACUGGUUUACGCAAUGACCUUGAUUAACAAGACACUGUCGGGGUUGCCAGAUCAAGACUCUUUCUACGACGUGGUGGACUGUCUGGAAGAGCUCGGCAUUGAAGCUAUUUCACAGAGACACUUGAACAAGAAAGGAACAGACUUGGACUUAGUUGAGCAAUUUAACAUUUAUGAGAUGACGCUGAGACACGAGGAUGGAGAUGAGAGUGCUGACAUCCCUCCCAGUGGGCGCAAGGACCGGAGAAGGGUCAGUCUUGGUGCUAGUGAGAGGAGGGGGUUGGAACGUAGAAGGAGCCGCAGGCACUCGGUCCAGAACAGCAAAAGCACUUUAUCAGCCCCUGCCAGUCCAUGUGGUCAGUCAAACUCCAGCUUUGUGCGUGUUGAAGAUCUCAGUGAGAGAGAGCUGGAGGCUGGGAGCCCCAUGGUCUCAGAGGCUGAUGACAAGGAUGGCAGUGCAUUUGAGGCUGAGUUUAAAGCAUCUUCAGCAGAGGAAGAAGAUUAUGAAGAGGAGGAAGAAGAACAGCCAGUCACAGAGCCCAAUACUGAGGAUGAGGGGGAGGAAGAGACCAGUAGGCAGGUCAAAGCCAGUGGGGUCCCAGGUGCACAGGAGGCUGUGAGUGAAAGCCUUUCACCAUGCUCUGAUUCAUCAGCUGUCUCCAGUGCCAUUUCUCCAGCUGAGAGGCCUCUCUCCUGCUCUAGAGCAAAGAGCUCUACUAGCACCUCCUCUUCUGUGCCUGACUCAUCUGUCUCUCACCAUAAUUCUGUCCUUUCAUCACCAUCUUCACCUGCAGCAGCAUUGCUAAGCUCUUCCCAAAAUUCAUCAGCAUCCAUUACUCCAAAAGUAUCUCCAACGGUGGAGAAAUUACCUUAUGUACCACAUACUCCUUUUCACCUCUUCUCGUAUGACUUUGAAGAGUCUUCAGCAUCUGUGAAAGAAAAGGAAGCAGAGGUGAUGAGGGAAAACAGAUACAACAGCUACAGCAGCAACUCUUACUCUUCUGCACGACCUUACUCUGGUGUGAGUGCCCCAACAACGCCCACUUCUCGUUAUGGGACAACUCUCUCACCACCUCAGGACAGCAAAUCUGACAGGCCAGCUUUGGGUGGUCUUCUUACAUCAUCUUUUCGGCAGCACCAGGAGUCCUUGGCAGCAGAAAGAGAAAGACGACGUCAGGAGAGAGAAGAAAGGUUGCAAAGGAUAGAACGUGAAGAAAGAAACAAAUUCAACCGUGAUUAUUUAGACAAAAGAGAAGAACUAAGACAAGCAAGAGAAGAGAGAUACAAAUACUUGGAGAGGUUGGCAGCGGAGGAGUAUGAAAAGGAGCUGAAGAGUCGGAGCGUAAGCCGAGGCAGAAGUGAGCUGUCCUUGAACCUGAGAUCUCCUUCAGCCCCAUCCUCACCUGUACCCAAGUGCACCAGCCCAGCAUCCAUAGAGUCACACGAAGAGCUGAAGACCCCUUCCACCCCUUUUGAGACCCCUCAGCCCUCAGAAGUGAGUGCCAGUGAACCUGAACCAGAGACAGAGACAGAACCAGAACCAGAGCAGGAGGCUCAGGCCGAGCAGGGAACGGAGACACCCAAGGAAAUAGAGGCUACAGAGGUGGGACCAGAGAGUGAGGUGGAGCAAGGACCAGAGAGAGAGCCAGAAGAAGGUGCAAUACUCAGUGAAAAAGAGAGGCAGAAUGAGGAAGUGAAUGAAAAAGACAACUGCUCUGCAUCCAGCAUAUCCUCAGCAAGCAGCACUUUAGAGAGGGAAGAGAGAGAGGACAAGUUAACCAGUGACAAUGAAACUGGUCCGUGGUUGCAGACCAUCCAGGAUGCUGGUGUGAAUGAGCAGUGCAGCAACAUCCUCAACAACAAGCGGUUUAUGCUGGACAUGUUGUAUGCGCAUAACAAGAAGCCCAAGGAUGAAGAGGAGAAGGAGCUGGAGGCGAAGGAGGAAAAGAAGGAGACGGAGGAAAGCGGGGAGUCCCUCGCUAGCCUAGCCAGUAGGAUCUCUAUCCUUCAGGCCACGAAGCAGGCAAAAGAUGAAAGCGUCAAAAAGAUGGAGAUCAGAAACCUGGACAACCAAGGCAGCGUGAAAGCCUUCGCAGAAAAGUUCAAUAGCGGUGAGCUGGCCAAGGGGACGGCCGUGCCUGAAGAUGAAAUCAGUGAGCAGGUCCCUGAGAAAACACCAGCACAGCCAAAGAAGGAAUCUGACUACAUCUGGGAUCAGCUCAUGGCUAAUCCUAGAGAACUUAAAAUCAAAGACAUGGAUUUUACAGACUUGGGGGAGGAGGAUGAUGUAGAUGUGUUGGACAUGGAUAUGGGUCCUGGGGACUCCCUUGUUCCCCCUCCUCCACCUCCGCCUUCUUUUCUGGGUUUGCCUCCUCCGCCGCCUCCCCCGCUGUUUGGAUGUCCGCCUCCACCUCCACCCUCUGCUAAUUUAUUGGCUCCUCCUCCGCUUUUUAGCACUCCUCAGGGUUUAGGGUCACCCCAGGUUUCUAGGGGUCAGCCAGCAUUUAUAAAGAAGAAGAAAACCAUCCGUCUGUUUUGGAACGAGGUCCGGCCAUUUGAGUGGCAGUGUAAAAACAACAAACGCUGCAGAGAAUUCCUGUGGUCGAAACUGGAACCCAUUAAGGUGGACACUUCCAAACUGGAGCAUCUCUUUGAGUCUAAAUCCAAGGAACUGCCUGUCACAAAGAAAACUGCUGCAGAUGGGAAGCGACAGGAGAUCAUUGUAUUGGACUCAAAACGAAGCAACGCUAUUAAUAUUGGUUUGACUGUAUUGCCCCCUCCCCGGACUAUCAAGACUGCUAUCUUGAACUUUGAUGAAUAUGCCUUAAACAAGGAAGGAAUAGAGAAAAUCCUGACCAUGAUCCCAACGGAGGAGGAGAAGCAAAAGAUCCAGGAGGCACAGCUGGCAAACCCUGAUGUCCCCCUGGGCAGUGCCGAGCAGUUCCUUCUCACCCUCUCCUCCAUCAGUGAACUCUCCGCCAGACUCCAGCUCUGGGCUUUCAAGAUGGACUAUGAGAUAGUGGAAAAGGAAGUUGCAGAACCACUUCUAGACCUGAAGGAAGGAAUGGACCAACUGGAGCACAAUAAAACUUUAGGAUUUAUCCUCUCUACUCUGCUAGCCAUCGGGAACUUUCUGAAUGGAACCAACGCCAAAGCCUUUGAGUUGAGCUACCUCGAGAAGGUUCCAGAAGUCAAGGACACAGUGCACAAGCAGUCCCUCCUGCACCACGUCUGCACUAUGGUGGUGGAGAAGUUCCCAGACAGCACUGAUCUUUAUUCAGAGAUUGGGGCCAUCACUAGGUCAGCCAAGGUUGACUUUGAGCAGCUCCAGGAAAACUUGUGUCAGAUGGAAAGACGGUGCAAAGCAUCCUGGGAUCACCUUAAGGCUAUAGCAAAGCAUGAAAUGAAACCAAGUCUAAAGCAAAAAAUGUCCGAGUUCCUUAAAGACUGUGCAGAAAGAAUCAUAAUUCUGAAGAUUGUUCAUAGAAGAAUAAUUAACAGGUUUCACUCAUUUUUGUUAUUUAUGGGCCAUCCUCCCUAUGCAAUACGUGAAGUCAACAUCAAUAAGUUCUGCAAAAUUAUUAGUGAAUUUGCUCUGGAAUACCGCACAACCAGGGAACGAGUUUUGCAGCAGAAACAGAAACGAGCAAACCACAGGGAAAGAAACAAGACCAGAGGGAAAAUGAUAACAGAUACCGAUGAGGAAGAGGAUGCUGAGUCUGGCAAGUUCUCCAGCAGCUCUCCCCCCUGCCAGAGCCAGCCCCAGGGGCUGCAGUAUGCCGAGGAUGCUGCAGAGCACGAGAACAUGAAGGCUGUGCUGAAGACCUCCUCCAUCGGUGGGGAAAGCACCACUGCACUUGGGGUCCGCACUCGAAGCCGGGCCAGCCGAGGCCGUAUUGGUUCAUGGAACGCUGGCAAUGAUGAUUCCCCCAAUGCAACAGAUGAUGCAGCAGAUGAGAUCAUGGAUCGCAUUGUAAAGUCCGCCACCCAAGUGCCAAGCCAGCGAGCAGUGCCCAGGGAGAGGAAGCGGUCACGAGCCAACAGGAAGUCAUUGAGAAGGACAUUAAAGAGUGGACUGACACCAGAAGAAGCCAAAGCACUGGGCCUCAUCAGCACCUCUGAGAUGCAGGUUUGACGGCUCGAGAGGCAGCACCAAGAAGCACACAGGCUGACAACCCUUUGGUGUAGCAUUGACCUGCCAGCCUCCUCUGCUGCUCCCAACAUCCCAUCCUCUGUUAGGUCCAUUUUAAGAAGCAAGAAAAAGCAAAAAACCCCACAGGCAGGGCAGAAGAAGCACGUGCCACAGCUCAGCACAACAUCCGGACAGGAACCAAGGAGGCGUUUGGGUGCUUGUAGGUGGAAGCUGCUUCUGUCGUGGUGCAUUGGUGUGGGUAAGAGGGGGCUCUCUCUGAGCUAUCUGUGAUGUGAGCUGUGUUUCUGUUGGCUUUCAUUGUGCCCUGUUUUAGUCGUGGUAAAUGUAGAGCAUUUUGUCAAUGCAAGGGACAGUCCUUAAAGAGGCAAAAUAAGUCCUGUUACAGCAACCCUGAUUUUCCUGAAGCAGAUUCAUGAAGCGAAGGUUGUGCAACCUUCUGUGCACAGUCUGUGCAACCCUGUGGUUUGUUUUGGGUUUUUUUUUAUUAUUUUGCCACCAAAGAAUGUAAAAAUGUAUGUGUACCUUUGUAUAUGUACGGAAUGAAUGUGUGGACGUGUGCGUGUAUCUAUGCACAUACAGUCAUGGUGUGAAAUCGUGCUCCUGCUGAAGCAAGCUGGACCAUGGUUUUCACUCUGGGGCCUUACCAUUCCACCUGGACAGGAGGAAAAGAAUGUCUUUUUGUAGAAACUCAGUGUUAUUCAAUGAGAUUAACCCCAUGGGGCAGGAGAUGGCCUGCAAUACAAGUGGAAAGUUUAGGAUCCUGAAUUCAUAUGUAUUCAUACACACUCAUACUGUACAUAGCAGUAUGGACAGAGAGGAGAGGAGACUGGAUACCUCCCUCUUCUUGAGCUGUGGAUGUACUGUGCAUUUGUACAGUUUCAACAGAGAUCUAUGGCAACAGUUUUACAUACUCCAUACAUGCUAAGAUCAAGAAGUUUUGUUCACUUGCCUGUGCCCUUCAUGCUGCUUUUCUCUGCUGCAAGAUAAUGUGGUGGUGAAUUUACUUCAAAUUAAUGGAUCUGAAUACGAAAUGACCCUGCUAAAAGCCUGCUGUGUUUUUGCUGUUCUUUACUUUUUUUUUUUUGGGGGGGGGGGCGUUUAUCCUUGAUGCAAGUGGAGAAGGUCCAAUAUGUUUGCCCUUAUCUCACUGUUUUAUCACUGCCCUCAGCAUGUGUCUUUGAAUAAUGUUUAGUCAGCUCACCUGCCUUGAAGUGGAGGAUAUAUGCAGCAGUGAAGAUUAACUGAACACAGUCCCCCUUACCAGCAUUUUGAAGAGAACUGCAAAUAACAACAUAAAAGGGAACUUUUAAAGCCAAAGUCUGCAUAUGAUUGAUUGAUCCUCAAGGAUGCACAAAAUUAUCUCUUUACAUUGCCUUAGCUUCAGAGAUUAAGGGUGUGUCUGUACAGCAGUAAGAGCUGAGGCUUCCUUCAAGCUUCAAGCUUCAUUGUGGAACUAGUUAAGUAGGGUAACUAGUUAACUGGGUCCAAUUUUGGCUGCAAAACACGCUUGGAAAGUAGGAUUAAUUACUGGUCUGUGCUGGUCUCUUAAUGUCAUAGCUAUGUUGCUUCUGGCACCAAUCUAGGUUCAUAGCCUCAACAAGUUAAUCUACUCUGCCCUCAGUAAGUAGAGAAUAAUUGCUGAAGAUUGUUCAGGAUAGUGAAAGCAAACUUCAUAAACCUUUGAAACCUUGGUCAUUUAUCAUAUCACACCCUGAGCACAGCAUCCAAGUGUUGAGAGACCCAGGUAGCUGACAACAUUCAGUGAGAUCUCUAGGGAAACUUCCUAUCUGUGGUAUCCCUCUCUUGAUCAUACAAUUUCAUUUUUCAUUGCUCUUGUCUUGGAUCUUCAUAUGGCAAAGUCUGUGGGUAAAAGGGUCCCUAAUAAGCAAAAGUUCUCUAGUAUAGCAUUGAGUUUGAUCUGGUUUUCCCCUCAGCUUGUUAAAAAGUCAGUUGUACAAGUAGGCAAACGGCAAUAGGUGUAAUUAAAUAAAAUGUGUUGGGUAUUUGAAAGCUAUGAAAAGGAGGAAGCUGGUUAGGAAACAGAAAGACGUGGCAUAUAAUUUAAUCUCACUGUAAAAUAAGCAAGACCUAUGAGCAUCUAGAUUUUGAAAAGGGUGGUUAUUUGCUGCUCUCUAUUAUGGACUUUUAAAAUCUCUCUUAAGGAUGCUUAGAACAAAGAAAUGAAGGUAAUGGGGGUUUGUGGAGGUCUUGGAGGUUUGAAACAAGAGGAAGACACCCUGAGUGUAAAAGUUAAUGCUGGACUGUUAUGCUGGUUAAAUAAUAAAAGAAACCAAAAUGUAACAAAAUGUAUUUAUAUUGACAGAGGCCCUUUAUAUGAUGGGAGGGAGAAAAGCAAACAAGUUUUUAAAAUGGAAUGUUUUAAUUAAAGUAUGCUGAAUGUGCAAAGUAGAGAGCUGCUGGUGACCACUGGCUAACAGGAAAUAAAUCUGUCUUUUAUUUAGACAUAGUACAGCAUCUUUGUCUGAAACAUAACAAAGCUGAAUUGCUAAUAGAUGGGGGCAUAUGUAUUGUCCAGGAAUUGUGCAAAAAUUGUGAAAAACUUCAGGUACUCCUUAUCAAGGAGAAAAUUAAAUCUAGGGAGUGGGGUCAAGAUAAAUUGAAAUUUUUAAAAAAAGCAUGUUUCUGUCAGAUUCUCUGGAUGCAGGUGUCUAACACAUGAAGGAUGUUCUUCCUUGUCCAUUUUUCCAUUACGUUCAUUUUUCUGUAUUUUUGCCUAAGUUCCUGCUCUGUAGCUGUGAAGGAUAACUAACUUUCCUGAAGGAUAACUUGGUCUUGUGAUGCAGUAGUAUACAGUAAGAAUAAUUCCACUAUUCUCAGUGUUUAUUGGAACAGGAUCAAACAUGGUAACAAUGCAAUAACUACAGAAAAGAUUUCCAUUUUGGUGUCCCAGGGUGCUAACCUGUACUUCGGCAGCGUCUCCUCUGGAGCCUGCUAGCGUGUCCUGACUGUGGGAAUAACAUUUGUUUGCUUUCAUCUAACUAGUGGAUUCCAGAUGAAAUGAAGAAAUUUGUUAUAUUUGCAUGCCCUUGUCUGUCUUGUCUAGUGAGGUAGUAACCUUCAGGAUUUUAGUUGCUGCUGCCUGCCCCUCCAUCAUAAAAAGAAGUCACCGUACCGGGUGUUUUAAAAUGUGUGUGCGAUAUUGAUUGGGUUUGUGACAAAUACAAAGGUCUUGGAGACACAAUGUGGGAGCACGUGUGGUUCCCAUUUCUCACUUAAAGCUCCACAAAGGCUGUUUUUAAACACUUGCAGCCCUAAUAACUACCUCUCUUCUCUUUCUCAUAGUACCAGUCAGCUGCAUGUGUAGUGCCCAGAGUUUUCUAUCUCCACCAAGCUCUCAGAGUCACUGCUGAUGUUUAUUUCAGCACCCAUCUGCUGCUAAUGACUUGUCUGUCUGUCACCUUAAUGCCAUCCUGAUUUGGAUGCUGAAGUAAACUUGGGCAUAUGAAAUGGCCACCAAAGGGAAGCCAUCCUAAUUUCCUUUCAUCUCCCUUGGUGCUUAAAAGCAGACUGCAUACAAAUACUUUGUAUUCCCUCCUCCCUGCUGAGGCAUAACUUUCAGUAGCACUUACGUGGCUGUGGUGAAGAAACACCCCCAGGGAAGGUUGUGUGCCACAAUCAAGAGUGAAAGAUCACUCACAAAAAUUAAAUUCAUCACUCUUCACCUUUCAGUAAGGCCAGGCACCAGGCUCAUGGAUUCCAGAUGUUUCAUAGCCUCUUGGCUGCUACAUGUGACCCUUCUGUUUGAUAGAUCCCUGUCCGUAAUCCAAAAUCAACAAAAAAAAUGUGUUUUAAUGAAGGUCUCUCUUACUGCAAUAAAUACUGGAAGCAGCAUCAAAAGAUAUUUUAAAAAUACAUUUAUUUUUCUCUUUUAGCCCUCUUUUAUUGUUAAUCUUUGCAGUGAUUGACUCUGUUACAGAAUAAGGCAUCAGAUUUUUAGAUAGGCUUAGAUUUUUUUACAAGGCUUUGGCUUUAGCUUAACAGAAAGUCAUGUGAAUAUCUAGAUAAGAGUUCAUGUCCUGGCUUUACAGAAAUUUGGAGUCAGAGUCUUGGUGUGAUUGUACAGCAAGGACAUCCUGCAAGGUGCUCCAUUCCCCUUCAAAGUACUGGAUAACGUGGCAGGAUGGCACCUUAAAUCCCAAAUGUUACCUGCUUUAAAUGUGCCCUGGCAAACACUAAAAGCCACACUAAAACACUAGAAGUCACAGCUGAGGUCUUCAACAUCUACUGCAAACCUAAGGGGUGCAGUGCCCCUGUAAGUGCAGCAAAGGGUUCUUUUUGUCAUCCACAGAAGUGUAGCAAGUGUAUCCAAAACGCUUUAGAAACUGUCAGGCUGAUGGUAGUAGCCUGCAUUGCUUGUGUGUAGGCUGUGUGGUUGUUGUUUUACCACACUUUGACUACACUGAGAUGAAAUGAGGACAAGGUGGCACCUACCAGUCUCCCAUCCUCUGUUCCCCAGCUACAACCCGUGGUGUACACGCUGCCAUCCUUUACCUAAAGGAUGUGCAAAGACAGAAGGUGUCAAGCAGAAGCACAAAGCAUAUUCCUCUCCUGGUUUUCCCUCCAGUACUCCCACUAAACAUGCACUGCUCCCCUCCUCAGAUUCAAGGAGGGUUUUAUGCCUCUGUGUGUAAGCAGAGAGCCCAACCCCACGCUGUUUCGGGAUGGUGGCUCCGUGUUUCCAGCAUCAGGAUGCAAGUCCACAGGGAAAACUGCCAGGUUGCAGGCUCUAAAAGAAAAUAAGCUGAAGGAUUUUGAAAAGAGAAAAUGUUUUGUUCUAGUCAACUGUUGAAAGUGAUUUGCCAACAUUUGGAAAACAUGUAGAGCCUACCUUCCUUCUUUUUCAGCUGGGGCAGCAACUGGGUCAAUCGGCAUUUCAGGUGUGGUCCCAGGAGGUUUUUGGCAAGUUUAAUAACAAGUAAUUCGAGGAGUUUCAGAGUUGUUGUAUAGUUUUACGUUUACUCAAAAAAAAAAAAAAAAAAAGUUUAAAAUUAUUUCUAAUUAGUUCAUUUCACGUUGAGUGGCAGAUAAGAGAUAUAUUUUGUUUAAUCACUAUCUAAUACGGAGGCUUCUGUGAAAGAAAAGGUUUAUUCGUAGCAUUGGGUGCAUUUCUCCUUUUUGAAGACUGUCUUUGCGCAUAUAGUGUCCUUUUUUGUGAGCUGGGAAUUGUAAAAAAAUGUAAAGUAGAAAAGGACGUGUUUCUUAGACAAAGGAGAAAUACUGUAAAAUUGUGUAAAUGUCACUACUCAUGUUUUUUUUCGUGUUCUGUGUAGCAUAGUGUAAAAUAGGCUUUCUAGCAGUGUUAUUCUGUGAAUUGUAAUUUAAAACCCAAGCCAUGCAUGGGCAGAGAUAUUAUCCACAGGUCCUUUUGGUUGAGUUUUUGUUUUUGUUUGUUGUUUUCUCAUUUUAGAUGAAUUUGUUUUAUGUUAAAUUUAAUUGUCCAUGAAACUGCAUUUUUUUCUCAGUUUUAUUUCAUAAAGAACUUGAAUUACUGUUUAAAAUUUUAUUACACACAAAGCUCACCUACCAUUUGUCUUGCUCCUUCAGAAGCGUUGUCACAUUGUGUAAACCUGAAGAAUUUUCUUUUUAGCACACCCUUCAUCUUCCCCUUCUCCCCCUCCCUUUUCCCUCUCCACUUUACUGUCUGGAAAGAUGCAAUUACACUUUUUUUUUUUUUUUUUUUUUUUUUUUUCUGUGCCAUGCAGGGUCAAUAUGGAAAACUGACCACAGACCUAUGUCCAAAAUUUCUUGAUAUAAGUAGUUAAAAAGCUCACCUCUACAGCAUUAUGUAAACACAUCUUGCAAUAAAGCUUCAUAAAGCA